AUGUCGGACACGCCGUUUCCACAAUGGAAUUAUUCCACUUCCGUCAGCCGACAUCUCAACUCGAAAAGUUCCGCAUCCCUCAGUGAACAGGGCGAGGUGACGCCGAAUCCAGCUUCUUCCUACUCUAAGCAUGAACCGCCGCCGCCGUUUAUUUUUCAAGGCACCCAAGGCUACGAUCCGCCAGCCGUCUCCCCUGCGACCGAGUCCCGAUUCUCUUCUUCUGUUCACUCUCGGGUCGGCGGCGCCGAGCAGAGGUAUAACGGCGCCUCUGCCAGUGCUGGUUCCUUACCACAAUUAAAAGUACUGCGGAGCGGUCAGCCAAGGGGAGCGGAUCAUUGGGAUAGUAUCGCGCCUGCCAGUGCAGAUUCUAUAGGCCAAACGAAAAUGCGAUGGAGCGGUCCACCAACGGACGCAGAUUACUCCCAGUUUCCUCACCAGGGGGUCUCAAAUCACUAUCAUGGACAGAUUUCUGUUAGCCCCAGAGAGCAUACAAGGGACGUCGAUUCUUCUAACUCCACGACAAUCCCCAGUCCUGUUCAUUCUGAUCGCAGCUCAGUACCGCUUAGUGGCCGCUUAAAUCUGUUACAAGCCCUACCCCCGCAACCGCCGCGACAAGUCUCAUCAGGCAUCCCGAUGGGAUUCGAUCGGUUACUCAAUCAUUCUCCAGAGACUUCGCCGCCCCCAAGACGAGUCUCGGUGUCCCCACGUUAUCACCUGUACAUUCGACAACAACCCAUAGCUGCUCGGGCUUGCGGCGCUGGCGAUAGGGACCGGCGACCAGUAGAUCCGCCGCCGAUCAUCCAGAUGCUGCUCACCGACUUCGACCCGCAAUCACAGACCGAUCUGGACACCCUUCAAGAUCCUCGGCUUACCGUCGGCUGUCUGCUUCUCCCAGUAUCAGCAGCGAAUUCGUGGCCCGGCUCGCCCGAAGCCGAUGGGUUGUGCGCAAACCGAGAGGACCGCACGACCUCUCAAAGGGCCGAAGAGAAUGGCCCCGGCCAGAGCACGCCGCUGCUUUCAGGGAAAGCUUUUGUUUCGCCUUUCCACGUCGAAUUGGAUCCAGAUCCCCAGACAGCCCCGCCUCAUCCCACAAGCGCGGAUUACAAGGUAGAGACGAAGCCUGGGACGGCCAAUUCUACCAACGGCUUGGAUCUGGCCAAAGUGCGAGUCCCCGCGACCUUCUUCGUCUUCCCCGACCUCUCGAUCCGGUCCGCUGGCGUCUACCGGCUCCAGUUCCGGCUCAUGAACUGGGGUCUUGUGGAAGACACAGGCCAAUCCAUGCCCGUCCUGGCCGAGGUCUGGUCCGACCCUUUCCGCGUGUAUCCCGCAAAAGACUUUCCUGGAAUGCGGGACUCAUCGCCUCUGACCGAGGCUUUGAAGGAGCUCGGGUUCGUGGAGCUCAAAACCCGCGGCAAGGGGAAGGGCAAGGGGCGGCGGAGAUGA